AGGGGAGACGAACCCCGGCCGCCCGGCCUGGAUGAUCCCGUCGGAAAGCCCCCGCGCGCGUCGCUCCCGGCCCCCUCCUGUAUAAUAUUCGCCCACCAUCGCCGCAACUUGCACCCCGGUAGUUGCGCCAGGGGCGAUGCAUCCGCUGCUGCUGGCUCUCUCUCUCUCCUCCCGGCCGGCCUCUCACGCAGAGUCGCAGCUCAGGCUUCUCGUCUCGACUCCCCCCCCCCCCCCCCCAGCCUGCCUGUCUGCGUCUGCGUCGCUGUGCCCAUCCAGCAGCAAUCGCCAGCCGGGCCGGCCUUCCCUGAUACCGAAGCUAAAUCUGGCAUGGGAAGAUGCUGCCGCCGCCGCCGGUCUCGCCAGGCGAGCUAGAGCUGGCCUGAUUCGGCGAUCGGGCAGUCAGAGUUAACAACGAGAUCGAGAGCUUCAGCUCCACGACUCCAGUCAGCAAGCUACUAGCUACUGGUGGUGCAGUGUGGAUGCGUGCCUUGGACUUCAAGAAGGCGCACGCAAAGGGCCAGGCCGGGGCGUCGACCGGACCGAGCGCUCCGGCUCCCAUCCUCACUCAUGUUCUUGAGCCCGUCGAAUGAGCCCCUGGAGGACAUUCAGCAGCUGAUCGUCAACAGCCGCAGCCCGCCCGCCGCGCCCAGCAUCAGCAGCGACAUGGAGAGCGGCAGGGGCGGCGCGUCGUCGUCGCGCACGUCGGCGGCGGACCAGAGGGUGGUGGUGGCCCGCAGGGAGGAGGAGGAGGAGGAGCCUGGCAGCGACGGCGGCGGCGGCUUCUGGGCCACCAGGUACUCCUCGGCCUCGUUCCUGCUGCUCGUCGGCGUCACCGCGUCGCUGGUGAUCCUCCCGCUCGUCCUCCCGCCGCUCCCGCCGCCGCCGUCGAUGCUGAUGCUGGUGCCGGUAGCAAUGCUGGCCCUGCUGCUCGUGCUGGCGUUCAUGCCGACGACGUCGACGGCCGGCCGCGGUGGUCCGGCGGGCCAGACCUACUUGUAGAUAUAAUCAUCACAUCGUACUCUUUUUUUUUUGUCCUUCCGUUCGGAUUUUGUGACAGAGAUAGGCAUGCAUGGAUCAAUCCUACCUCGUCAUUGUUCGGCUAAUUAAUGUGAAAUCUAGUUACAUAUACAGUUGGUAUACUUGCACACAAAGUUCAGUGAUAUAUACUAGAUAUCAGGUGGUUGAUUCA